AUAAAAAAAAGGCGCGGGUUGCUCGUUUCAGAGCCGGCAACGGAGCGGUCGGGAGAGCGGGAAAGAUGUACCAGACCACGUUCAGCGUACAGCCGCCGCUCGCCCUUUCCCUCCUGCUUCUGGUCUCCUGGGCCGUGGCCACCGCUACCGCCCUGCCCCUCGAGGACAGCCUCACCUCCAAAGAGAGCAAGCACCUGCAGGAAGUCGCGGAAGUGAAGACAAACAGCCUCCUGACUCUCCUCUCCGCCCUGUACGACUGGACCGCUCCCGGGAAGGAAAUGCCCCCGCUCAGGGACGAGGCCGUAGCGCUGACCGACCGGCAGGAGAGGGCCCUGCUUAAUCAGUCCCCGCUCCGGGAGAGAGGGCCCUGCAAGAACUUCUUCUGGAAGACCUUCUCCUCCUGCUAGCCGAACCUCAUCCUCAUCCUCCGUCCUCGGGCUGGGCCUGUUUCAGAUUCUUCGGUCUUAAUAAAAGUGAGAAUGAAGCAGUAA